AUGGAAGCUCCUUCGACCACACUCGGGGAGUCUCAAAGCAAAGAACAACGAAAUGGAUCCAAUACCCAGGAUCGGAAUCAUCACCAAAGUCAACCCCCCGAGACCGUCAGCGAGGUCCCUCCCUCCGCCUCCCACGAUGAACCUGCAUCAUCGACCCCAAAGUCGAAGAAAUCUCUGGCGCAGAUUGCCACAGUCAUGACAUCUCUCUGUGCUUGCGUCUUCCUCGCCGCUCUCGAAGUAACAAUCGUGUCGACCGCUCUCCCUACCAUCGCCUCCCAUUUCGCCUCUGAUUCGGGCUACACCUGGAUUGGAACCUCUUUCGUCCUAGCCCAUACUGCUUCAACGCCGUCAUGGGGAAAGAUCUCAGAUAUCUGGGGGAGGAAGCCGAUCUUGUUGAUUGCGAAUGUCAUCUUCUUCGGGGGAAGCCUCAUUUGCGCCCUGGUUGACGACUUGGCUGCCUUUAUUGCAGGGAGGGCGAUUCAGGGGCUUGGAGCUGCAGGCAUGCAAACCAUGGUCAACAUCUGCAUUAGCGACAUGUUUUCGCAGAGAGACCGAGGCUUGUAUUAUGGCUUGACUUCUAUUGUAUGGGCAGUGGCAUCUGGAGUAGGCCCCGUGCUGGGCGGUGCUUUUACGGAUCGAGUGAGUUGGAGGUGGUGCUUCUGGAUCAAUUUGCCGAUUACCGCCGCCGUCUUUGUCCUCCUCAUCCUCACCCUCAAACUUCCAUCUCCUAACACUCCUGUCUGGGCAGGCCUGAAAGCGAUCGACUGGCCGGGUAGUUUUCUAAUAAUUGGGGGCACUUUAAUGCUCCUCCUAGGUCUCUACCUCGGUGGCGUCUACGAACCUUGGAACUCAGCGCCAGUCGUCUGUUUGAUCCUCUUUGGCAUCAUCACUGCCGGUCUCUUCAUCCUCAACGAAUGGAAGCUGGCCGAGUAUCCCGUGAUACCGGUACAUCUCUUCAAAACCUGGUCAUCGGCUGCAGCAUACGCCGUCACCUUCUUCCACGCAUUUGUGUUUAUGGGCGUCGCCUACUAUCUACCGCUGUAUUUCCAGGCAGUCCUUCUCGCAAGCCCUCUCCGAUCAGGUCUUUACCUUCUCCCCUUUAUCCUUUCAAUAACCGUCACAGCUGCGGCGACCGGCGCAUAUAUCCAACUUUCAGGGAAGUACCUCCCGGCUGUUCAUAUUGGCCUGGUCAUUAUGACGGUAGGCAUUGGCUUGAUGAUUGGCUUGGACCUCGACCUCAACUGGUCAAAGUUGAUCCCAUUCCAGAUAAUCAGCGGAAUUGGUGUGGGCAUGAACUUUGAAGGCCCUUUGCUUGCAGUCCAGACCGUCGUCCCGCACAAGGACGUCGCAGCUGCUACCACGGCUAUGAGCUUUGUGAGAACAAUUGCCACAGCCAUCUCUGUAGUUAUUGGUGGUGUUCUAUUUCAGAACGAGAUGAAGGGCAAGAAGCAAACUCUUGUGGAUGGUUUAGGGCCUCAACUUGCCCGGUUUUUCGAUGGAGCAACCGCGUCCGCAAGCGUCGAUCUCGUCAAGACACUGCCUCUAGAGCAGCAACUAGUCGUCCGAAGGUCAUUCUUUUACUCACUGGACAGUAUGUGGAUUAUGUAUACGGCAUUCUCGGGUGUAGGCUUGUUUCUCGGCUUCUUCAUCAGAGCGCAGCAUCUGAGCAAGGAACACGAGGCAGCAGAGCUGGGUAUCCGCAAGAAGAUCCACACGCCUGAGUCGACAACAGAUGGCUUGGUAGCUUUGGCAGGAUCUGGGGAGGAACAUGCCAUGGCUCGUGUUUCUCCGAAUCGUGGGGUUCUCCGAUUGAGGGACUGA